AUGGAGACGCCAGGCGGUGCCCCGCGGGUCGCGGUCACGCCAUACCGGGCGCCGGCCCACGCGGUCGCGGCCGCCGUGGCUGCCCUGCGGGGCAGCAACGAUGCGGUCCUCUACAAAAUGAACUCCAGGGUCAUUCUCAAGCUGGCGAGUUCGUUCUUCUGCAAUCUCAGCAGCCCACAGUUCGCCUUCGACUGGGGUACCAAGCGGACGAGGCAAAGGCAUGAAGAGGUCUCGACCCUUCUCUUGGGCGUAGCUUGCGCCCCAGAUUCGUGGGAGUGGAAGGACGCCCUCGUUGUCUUGGACGGCGGCAAGGCAAAGGCAUAUAUCGAGCGCGCCAUGGCCGCUGCCGCGGCGGCUGCGCCGCGCGGCGCGGCGGCGGGGCCGUGGCGCCCCCUCUCGGUGCUGUGCCGCCGCGCGCCGGCCGAUCCGCCGCCCUCCGGCAGGACGGGGGUCGAGCGCCGCGAGGGCUCAGACCAGGACGUGGGGCCUGGGGAUGUAGAGGCAUUUUCCUGGCAGGUGCUGCCAAGGUGGUGGGGCGUCGCCUGGGCCCAGGGCGGGGCGGGGCUGCUGGACGGCCUGCAGGCGGAGGACCAGAUCUACGACCCCGCCAGCGGGAGCUACUACCCGGCGCGCCCGGCGCCACCGGAGGCGGCGCCGUCUCCCGGGCUGCAGGCGGAGCCCUCGGCGAUACCGCCGGCGCCGCCGUCGCUGACUGGCGCCACGCCCGCGGGGGGCGGGCUCCUCUACGACCCGGCCACGGGUUCCUACUACCGCGAGAGCGGCGCCGAGGCCGCGGCCGCCGCUGCGCCCGCAGGUGCCGCUCCUCCGCCCGCGUCCGCGACGCCGCCAGCGGAGGAGCCGCCGGCGCCGCCGCGCGCGCCGGCUGCGGGGGAGCCCACGCCCGAGCCCGAGCCCGCGUCGGCGGCGCAGGAGGAGCUGCCUCCACCCGCGCCCGCGACGGCGGCAGGGGCCCCGCCGGGGGCGGCGCGGUGCGGCUGGGUGGAGGAGGACACUUACUACCCGGGCAACGACCUCGGGGUGGCGGAGCAGGGUGUGGCGGGCGCGGACCAGUGCUGCGCGCGGUGCGCGGACGCGUCGGGCUGCGUGGCGUGGACGUACGGGAAGGAGUCGCAGGAGUGCGCCCUAAAGGGGCGCGCGCCCCUGGCGUCGCUCACGAAGGUGCCCGACCCGUCGUAUACAUCAGGGCAGCCGACGCAGGUACGGGAGCCGAUCCCGCUGACGGUGCCGGCGCCGGGCAGGUCCCUCUACUGCUUCGCCCUCUCGAUGCCCUCCGGCCCGGAGCUGGAGCUGCUGCAGUGGCAAUUCGAGCACCAGGCGAGCCUCUUCCUUUGCGACGAGUACGCGGUCUAUAGUAACGUAAGCAUGAACAUCGUCCCGGGCCUCCUCACGAAGCUGGUUUCUAGCGACCUGCAAUGUGAAAAGGGUGGAGAGUUCGGGACGGCCCUGAAUUUGGACAUCUUCGUAGCGGUCUGGACCAGUGUCGUCAAUGACGGCCGCUUCAAGUUCCACGAUUGGACAGUCAAAGUGGACCCGGAUGCUGUAUUUUUUGCUGCGAGGCUCCGAGUCAUCGCAGAGAAGUAUGUGCAGGACCUUAAGGCGAAGCCGCGUGGCCUGUACCUCAACAACUGCCACAGAGGCCCGGUCGAGGAGUAG